GUAAAAAAUUUACCAACGUCCGAUUCUUUAUGGAUUAUUGGAACUGAAAAUUCAGAUUAUGAUGACAAUAUAAUAAAUAACCGAGACUCUAGUAUACUUUUGUUACAUAAGAAAACAAAUAGAAAACUUGAUUAUGAGUGUAGCAAGAACGAGAAUGGACAUUGA